AGCCAUCUUGACUGAAUACCUAGCUAGCUACAUCCCAAGGUACAUCAACCUGACACAUCUUACAUUAUUUUAUGUAACAAUUAGUGUAUGUAUUUCCAGUUGAAAACGUCUAAAUCACAGAUAUGUAAGCAGGUCGAGUUUGAGCAUUUGUCCGAAGUCACCAUGGAGGACUGAAGUGCUGAAGAUGACGCUGUCGCCCCUGAAAUUACCGGCUAGUAAUGCCAUAGCUUAUUACUAGGAGGUCCGUUUCGGUCGUAUUUCAACAUUAGCUACCUAAUAUUACCUUUCUCUGGCUCGCGCAUACCAUAGGAUCACGUUAAACAAGAAGUCCGUCCUCGCCCUCUCCAAUCUAGGAAGCUAGUGCAAACCCCCAUGAGGAGGCUGCGGAGGAGGGGAUGCAGGGCAGGUGUAGUUGGCCUUGAGAUGGGCAGGGGCCGAGGCAGGGGGAGGGGGAGGGGCAAGGGCUCCAGUGUUCAGCUGCGGCCGCCUUCCCCCUAUAGACUGCAGCUAUCUCCAUCUAGAGAAACUUUGACCUAUGCUCAGGCCCAGAAGAUGGUGGAGGUGGACCUGGAUGGAAGGCUUCACAGGAUCAACAUCACUGACCCUCUCCCAGUCAUCACAGAGGAUGAGAUGAUGGCUCAGGACAUUGUUGAGUGCAACAGUAACAAAGAGAACAGCGAACAAACCCAGAGCAGAGCCAGACCAGGGCGUAAACCUCCCAACCCAAAGGGCCGCAGGAGGGAAAGCAAAACCUCAUCUCACCAGAGCCGACGUUCUGGCAGUCAGCAGCACACUCAAAGCCACACCAAUUCCUCCCAACACCCUUCCCACCAAAGCCCUCUCCCCGAGCCCACCUUCCGUGUGCUUGACUGCCCGUGUCCUUUAGACACACCUCCCCUCCCUGUGGCCUACUACCGUUUCGUAGAGAAGUCAGGGGAGGAGCAGGACUGUGAGGCAGAGUACGACAUGGAUGAGGAGGACCUGGCCUGGCUGGAGAUGGUCAACCAGAAGAGGGUAUCUGAUGGCCACGCGUCCGUCUCCCCAGACACCUUUGAGCUGCUGAUCGACCGUCUGGAGAGGGAGUCCAUCAUGGAGUCACGGAGCCAGGCCCUGUCCCAGAGUGCCAUGGAUGAGGACGCCUUCUGCUGCGUCUGCCUGGACGACGAGUGUCUCAACAGCAACGUCAUCCUAUUCUGUGACAUCUGCAACCUGGCCGUCCACCAGGAGUGUUACGGCGUGCCGUACAUCCCUGAGGGCCAGUGGCUGUGCCGCUGCUGUCUGCAGUCCCCCUCGCGCCCCGUGGACUGUGUGCUCUGCCCCAACCGGGGAGGUGCCUUCAAACAGACUAGUGAUGGACGCUGGGCCCACGUUGUCUGUGCCAUAUGGAUCCCAGAGGUGUGCUUUGCCAACACGGUAUUCCUGGAGCCAGUGGAGGGGGUGAAGAACAUCCCCUCAGCCCGCUGGAAGCUCACCUGCUACCUGUGCAAGCAGAAAGGCAGGGGCGCGUCCAUCCAGUGCCACAAGGCCAACUGCUACCGGGCCUUCCAUGUCAGCUGUGCCCAGAAAGCUGGCCUCUUCAUGAAGAUCGACCCGGUCCGGGAGACUGGGGUCAACGGAACCACCUUCUCUGUGAAGAAGACUGCCUUCUGUGAGAAUCACUCCCCAGUCGGGUCACGGCGAGAUGGGUCAGGUGAUGAGGCGGUGGAGGGAAGGUUGGUAGGAGGCAGGGGGAACAGGGGUCAAAGGUCAUACACUCAGAGCCCCCCGGCACCGCCCAGUAAAAAGACUCCCAAAGGCCAGAAGAAGAAAGGAAAGAAGAGCCUUGCUGGUCAGACGACCCGCCGUGCCGCUGUGCCUGUGCUGCUGGUGCCUCAGAUCCCCUCUCACAGGCUGAACAAGAUUUGCAUUGGGGUUGCUGUCCAGAGGAAGAACCAGUUCAUGCAGAGGCUUCACAACUACUGGCUGCUGAAACGUCAGUCCCGAAAUGGCAUGCCUCUCAUCCGCCGCCUGCACUCCCAUCUGCAGGCUCAGAAGACUGCUGAGCAGAGGGAGCCAGAUGAGAAGCUUAGUGCGGCGAGGGAGGAGCUUCGUUACUGGCAGAAGUUGCGGCAGGACCUGGAGAGAGCCCGGCUCCUGGUGGAACUCGUCCGCAAGAGAGAGAGACUAAAGAGAGAGCAGAUGAAACUUCAGCAGGCUGCUCUGGAGCUGAAGUUGACCCCUGCGUUAAUACUGCUGCGUUCCACCCUGGACCAGCUUCAGGAGAAGGACACCGCACAGAUCUUCUCUCAACCUGUCAAUCUAGCAGAGGUGCCGGACUAUCUGGAGUUCAUCUCCAAGCCCAUGGACUUAUCCAGCAUGCGUGCCAAACUGGAAGCCCAUGCUUACUGCUCCACAGCCGACCUGGAGGGGGACUUUAACCUCAUGGUGUCCAACUGCCUGAGGUACAACUCCAAGGAGACCGCGUUCCACCGAGCCGCCCUGCACCUACGGGAGGUGGGAGGAGCCGUCCUCCGCCACGCCCACAGACAGGCGCAGACCAUCGGGUUGGACCCCAGCACGGGCAUGCACCUCCCAGACUCUCCCAACAAGCAGGGCUUCUACCAAUGCACCUGGGAGGACGUGGACUCCCUCCUGGAUCCAGACAACAGGCUCCACCUAUCCACAGAGGAGCAGCUGAAGGCUCUGCUGGAUAAGCUGGACAUGGUGGCAUCCAUGCGCUCCAGUGGAGGACGAACCAAACGCAUCCGGCUGCUGCGUAGAGAGAUCAACACGGUCACGCACAAACAGCAGCGCUCACUGUCGCACAAUGGGAAAGAAGAAGAUGAAGAAGAGGAGGAGGAGGGAAAGAAGGACAAUGUGGAGAACGGUCCUUUAACAUCAGCCUCUACUCCGGGGAAAGAUGACUCUCCACCAACACUAGAGCCUUCAUGCCCAGCGUCGUCCCCCCUGCCAGGCGAUGCCCCACCUGAGCCACCUGUACUGGGCCUAGUGGCCGCAGGGCGAAGGUCACCAGGACGCUCUUACAAGCGGCAGAGAUCCUCCCUGAGUGGGGGCAAAGGGCUGAGUGACGAUGAUGCUGAAGUUGGGGAGACAGCGACACCGUGCAAACAGAAGGAGGAUUCUCAAAAGGUCUCUCCUUUACAGACUCCCAGUCCCCCCACUAACGCCUGUCCUUUGGUUGGAGUUGGCCGGCGCACAUCUGUUCUGUUCAAGAAAGCUAAAAAUGGAGCGAGACUGGCAAAGAUCAGAGCAGCUCAGUUACAGUAUGUAGGGACCAAUGAGGGUAAAACCAAUGGCUUGGACAGUUCCCUCACCAUUACAAACCCUCCCAGUGAGAGUGACCUUUCCACCUCCACCCCUCCCCCCACACCCUCCUCACCGUCAUCCCACCGCCUGAGGUCCAGAGGGCCCAGCUCUGACAGCGAGGGAGACAAGCCCCUCCCCCUCGUCAAAGUGGAAGGGAAGAGAGGGCAGAUAAUGAUGAUGACAUCCAGAAUGUGUAUUCUAGUAGGCUUUACAAAUGGGCUAGGAAAGCACCAAGAUGACUCCUCAGACCUAGCAUCCAACGACCAAAAACACAGUGCCCCCCCGCCACCCAAACGCAGCCGUGGUAAACCAGCUUUGGCUAAAGUCCCAGAGAGCCAGAAUGGAGGCUCAGGUGACUGUGUUCAGGCACCACAGACCUUUGGGUCAGACAAAAGAGCUACAAUUUCAACUUCCAGGGGGAGUAUGCUUUUGCCCUUUGAUCGUGACACAGAGCUCACACCACUCGACCUGGUCUGGGCUAAGUGUCGUGGAUAUCCAUCCUAUCCAGCAAUGGUUGUUGACCCUGACAUGCCUCAGGAAGGGCUUCUUCACAACGGCAUCCCCAUCCCCGUGCCUCCUGGGGACGUGCUCAAGCUGGGGGAGCGAAGGCAGAAGGAGACUGGGGAGAGGCACUACCUUGUGCUGUUCUUCGACACCAAAAGGACCUGGCAAUGGCUGCCACGGGACAAGUUGCUGCAAAUGGGGAUGGAUGACACGGUGGACAAACUGCGCCUGAUGGAGGGCAAGAAGCCUAGCGUCCGCAAGUCUGUACACACGGCAUACGACCGUGCCAUGGUACACCUGAACCACGUUAUCAACCACGUCAAGGGGAACCUCAGUUUCAACCCCUCCAAUUUUAUAUGAAGGAUUUUAGUGUCAGUCAGCAAAUCCACUGCAAACUGUCUGGCUAGGAGCGAUCAAACCCUCACCAAUAACAAAAAGCAUAAGUGAGAAAAGAACAACAUUCUCUUCAUUAAUUUACUAGAAGGUGGACAUGGAAUUUGAGUGGUUCGAUAUACAGUUUCUUAAAUAAUUCACUUUCUUCUCAAAUAAUUUGAAAUUGAAAAAAAAAAAGUUUGAUCUCCACACGUUCCUAUUGGUUUGUCAACAUUGCCGUACACCAUUUUUUUAAGGGGGGAAACUUAAGCUAACAAUUCUAAUUCAGAAAAUAAAAGCAAAUGGCAUGGACAACAUUAUUGGCAGGAGCUAAUAGUUGGUUGCCCAGCCUUUGGCUAAGUUAACGGCAAAAUAAUUAGCUUGCUGCACCAUUCUACUGGCAAUUUGGCCCACUCUUCAGCUGCAGACUGCUCAAUUUCUUCAAUGUUUGAGUGGUGCCUUCCACCAACUGCUGUUUUCCGAUCUCGCGAUAGGUUUUUGAUGGGAUUCAGUUCUGGACUUAUCGUUGGCCACUCCAGAACAUUCCAGUGCUUAUUCUUGAACCAUUUCUGGGGGCUUUUUGAUGUGUGUUUGGGUUGUUGUCCUGCUGGAAGGCCCACAACCUUCAACAGAGACCUAGUUUUUGGACACUGGGUUGAAUAUUGUACUCAAACACCUGAUAAUCUUCUGAUUUGAUGAUGUCUUGUAUACAUUCAAGGACCCCAGAGGCAGCAAAGCAACCCCAGGCUUUUUAUUUUUAUUUUUAAAGUUCAAUGGGGCUUUCUUGUCUCUUUCAGCAGUGGGGUCUUCCUAUGUUUACCGAUGACCAAAUUAAGCAUUCAAUGAAAAGAACACCCUCACUAGAAUCAAACGUGGGGAAGGUUCGAUAAUGCUGUGGGGUUGCUUUGCUGCCUCUGGUAUGUGGGGCCUUGAACGUUUGCAAGGUGUUUUGGAGUACGAUGUUCAACCCAGUGUCCAAAAACUGGGUCUCUGUUGAAGGUUGUGGGUCUUCCAGCAGGACAACAACCCAAACA